AUGGAAGAAGAAGAAGAAGAAGAAGAAGAAGAAGAAGAAGAAGAAGAAGAAGUUGAUGCUGAUGAUGAUGAUGAUGAUGAUGAUGAUGAUGAUGAUGAUGAUGAUGAUGAUGAUGAUGAUGAUGAUGAUGAUGAUGAUGAUGAUGAUGAUGAUGAUGAUGAUGAUGAUGAUGAUGAUGAUGAUGAUGAUGAUGAUGAUGAUGAUGAUGAUGAUGAUGAACUCCAGGAGGGAGAGCACUGUAUUCCGAAAUUAAUUAAUGUACAGUAUGUGGGUUGAAGCAAGCUGACAGCCGAAUGAGGACGCGCAUCCGGCACCGCGGGAGCAGACGUCUGAAUGACAUCGGGGUGGGCGUCACAGCACCUUGAGUGAAAGCAUGUCGGUUAGGGUAAUUGCGACUGGCUGAGAGCGAGGAUGCUACUGGCACGCACGUUCAAGUACGCGCGAGAGCUCGGUGUCGCAGUAAGCGCCAGGAGUAGGGUUGUGACAGUCCACCCACUUAUUCGCGACCACUUUAUCAUGCUGUCCUUCUUCUGUACCAAGCUCACUGUUAUUUCGCUGCGUGGACCACACGGGAUUUGUCACCAGUCCAACGAAAGCUCAAAGCCAGUCAAAACUGCCCCCGCUGGCUGGCUGCAGAAGGACACAGCCCAGACACGAAUUUCCACUGGGGGGCAAGACCCUCGAGGGUGGACAAAGAAUAAACAACACGCUUAGAGAGACGGCGUGUGGCAGCUGUUUGCUGGGCCUCCUUUACGCUCUUUAACAGCAGUAAGGCUUGUCAAGCGUAAUCUGCCUUCCCUGACUUGUAAUCUGGGACUUGUCGUGUGGCCGACCACUGGGAACUCUCGUAGAAAUUCCCACCUUCAUGACAGACUCACUAGAAGUCUGUUCAACUGCAUACGCACGCAUGGUAGCCUCCAGUAAAGUAGCACAAUUGAAACCCCCUAACAACAUUUAGGUUUGCCCGCAUAUGCACAGCACGCAAUAGUCAUGUAAGACGCAUUUAACGAAAUUCGCCUAGUUCAACAUAAUGAGCGAAAUUUCGCAUGUGAGAACUUGCAGGCCUCACAGGCGUGUGAAACAUGACCUUUUAUGUAGCCUGGUAUCUGCGUAACUCGCGUAGGCUGGCUGUUUAGCUUCGUCAUCCAUUGCGCCCAAUCUCAUCAUUAGUUGGGUGAUGGGUUCGGAAGAGGGUGUAGUGACAGUUAAGUCCGUUUUGUUUUAAUCAGUUACAAUACGCUUUGACACAACUUCGAAUAAGACAAAGAACACACAUGUGCACUUUUACCUGCUGACGACUUUGUUCUUAUUUACUAGUUUGUAAUUGUUGGGAUACAGCUAUUCUCGAUUUCCCUACUCCCACUUCUUUUCAACAACUGCGCCGUUUUAUAGGCCUUGUCAAUUUCUAUCGACGUUUCAUCCCUCAUUGUGCUCAAUUAAUGCUACCACUUACUAACCUUUUACGCGGGAACAACCGUGAGUUUUGUUUUCCUGACACAGCUGUAGAGGCUUUCAAUCGUGCGAGGAAGGCUCUUGCGGAUACAACUGUCCUUGUUCACCCUAUAACUGAUGCCCCACUUUCCAUUGUGGCCGACGUCUCUAAUUUCGCUAUAGGUGCUGCCCUUCAGCAACAGACGCCCACUGGCACCCAGCCCUUGGCUUUCUACUCUGCCAAAUUGACACCCCCACAAACUCGCUAUAGCACUUUUGGUAGAGAACUCCGUGCAAUUUAUUUAGCCAUUAAGAAUUUUCGUAAUUAUAUUGAGGGCCGAGAUUUUUGUAUUUAUACUGACCACUAGUCUCUUACUUAUGCCCUCUCUACUUCUUCUGACAAGUGUUCACCCCGCGAGGCCCGCCAUCUCGAUUUUAUUUCUCAGUAUACCACCGACAUUCGAUUUCUUAAAGGCCUUUAUCAUCAAGUUGCUGACUGUCUUUCUCGGCCUGGCAUUAAUGCCAUCACCCGCCCUUCCAUCGAUUUGGAGCGCAUGGCAGAACUGCAAAAUCAGCCGCCUUUCAGUGAGGGCUUGCAACACACUAGUCUUCAACUCGAAGCCAUUCCUUUUUCCACCACCCCGGUACAAUCUUGUUUGACGUAUCGCGCGUUGCCUCCCGACCCGUAGUGCCAAGCGAGAUGAGAAGAGAUGUUUUUGCCGCGUUGCACAAUCUAGCUCACCCUGGCAUCCGCAUUACCCAGCGCCUCGUCAGCGAGCGGUUCGUUUGGCCAAGCUUGAACACUGAUAUCCGCCAGUGGACCCGUUCAUGUUUGGCCUGUCAGAAUGCCAAAGUCGGACGGCACAACAAAGCCCCCAUUGGCACUUUUCUCGCACCCGACGCACAUUUUGCACAUGUUCAUAUUGAUCUGGUAGGUCCCUUUCCAACAUCUCGUGGUUGCAACUACUUACUUACUGCGAUUGACCGAUUUACUCGUUGGCCCAUUGCAACUCCCAUACCUAACAUAACUGCAGAUUACGUUGCCCAUGCUUUUUUGGAACACUGGAUCUCUCAUUAUAGCGUCCCCUCAAAUAUUACCACCGAUGGAGGUCAACAAUUCGAGUCUAGACUUUUUAACAGCCUUAUUAACCUCCUCGGAUGUUCUAGCAUACGCACGACAGCAUACCACCCCUCAUCCAACGACUUAGUCGAGCGUUUCCACCGACAACUCAAAGCCUCGCUCCGAGCUCAUGGCAACCCUUCCCAUUGGAGCGAGAAUCUGCCUUUGGUCAUGCUCGGUAUCCGUACCGCACUCAAGCCCGACUUGGAGUGUUCCACUGCCGAACUUGUCUACGGUACCACCCUUCGGAUUCCCGGGGAUUUUUUCGGGUACUCUCAAAGCUCAGGCGACUUGGAUCCCAGCGAUUAUGUGCAAAGAUUGCGCCAAGCCAUGACUCAUCCUCGAGCCACUCCUCCACGUCCUUCAACAAGUAAGUCGUACGUCAACCCGAACUUACUACCAUGUUCUUUUGUAUUUGUCCGCGUAGAUAGCGUUCGCCGGCCACUACAACAGCCCUAUGACGGCCCAUUUCGAGUACUAUCGCUCAAGGGCAAGCAGUUUACAAUUGACCGUGGAGGCCGCACCGACGUGGUCUCAAUCGAUCGCUUGAAGGCGGCUUAUACCGAGCCUCUUCCAACUUCUCCAACCGAACCACCUCCACUUGGCACUAUGCCACUUACUAUUUCCCAGACUCCAUUUACGCCCAAUAACCCCGCGUCUUCCCUUAUUUCACAGACUCCUCCCCUUACGCGCAGCGGCCGUCAUGUCCGUUUUCCCGACCGUUACCAACUUGUACAAUAUGCAUAACACUCCCACAUUUUCCUUCUAUUAACAAUAAUUUUUUUGAACUCCGUUUUCCUAGGAGGGGGAGUAUUGUAGUGACAUUUAAGUCCGUUUUGUUUUAAUCAGUUGCAAUACGCUUUGACACAACUUCGAAUAAGACAAAGAACACACAUGUGCACUUUUACCUGCUGACAACUUUGUUCUUAUUUACUAGUUUGUAACUGUUGGGAUACUGCUAUUUUCGUUUCCCGGAUAGCCUACUUACCGUGCCCAACUAAUGGCUUUAUCACUUACAAGGGAAAGAAUAAGUCCAGUGCUGGGAAAUUCAUCCUGAAUACAAUAAAUCUGACGCGCUAAAAGUCUGCCAACUGAAGAAGUGACUCGGGCCAUCCGUCGGUCAUCCAUCCGUCCGCCAACCAACCUCUCCUCCUAGUACCCUUCCUCCUCCUACCCCCUCCCUACCCUCCUUAACCGAGGGACCACUCUUUUUAUUGACCAUAGUUAGAGCCAAGCUACUCCGGCUGAAACCUGCCAAAUCGCCUGGCCCAGAUAGAAUUCCCGCCCUAGCACUUCGCGAACUUGCUAAUGAACUGUGUAAACCCUUAUCCGCAAUAUUUCAAAAGUCAUUUGAAGACGGCGAGCUACCGGAAGAAUGGAAGUGCGCACUCAUUACUCCGAUCCAUAAAGGAGGCUCAAGACUUGACGGCGGAAAUUAUCGUCCCGUCAGUCUUACUUGCAUCGCGUGUAAAAUAAUGGAACGCAUUAUCAAAAGACACUUGAUGAAAUACCUGGAACAGAACAAAAUAUUGUGUGAUGCCCAACACGGCUUUCGUCCAGGGCGCUCCUGCCUAACGAGUGUUCUUUACUCGCACGAGAAAUGGACACGAGCUACCGAUAAGGGUUUUCCAGUGGAUGUCAUGUUUUUUGACAGUGUCCCACACAGGCUUCUUUUACAGAAGAUCUGGGAUGUAGGAACUCAAGGAAGAAUGUUUAAGUGGAUCAGGAGUUUUCUGUCCUCCAGACUACAAAGAGUCGUCGUUAGUAAUUCUACCUCGGAAUGGGUAAAGGUGGAAAGUGGUGUCCCACAGGGUUCUGUCUUAGGCCCAGUACUCUUCCUGAUUUAUGUUAAUGACUGCAUCAGCGAAGUGAAUUGCGAGGCUCUCAUGUUCGCGGAUGACAUAAAAAUAUGGAGUGAAGUCAAGUGUGAUGAUGACGCAGAGAAUUUGCAGUCGAACAUCAACAAACUGUGUGAUUGGUCGAACAGAUGGCUUUUGAAGUUUAACGUGUCCAAAUGCGUGGUUUUGCACCUGAACACCGGCCGCAAUGCCUCUCCCAAACACCCGUACUAUAUUGGCGGGACGAGGUUAGAAACUGUGGAAAGACAUAGAGAUCUGGGUGUAUGGAUGACCACAAAUCUAUCGCCAUCAGAACACUGUAGAAAGAUGGUCCAGAAGGCAACUAGUACUUUACACUGGGUCAGACGUGCAUUUAAAAUCUUUCCUCCCGAACUCUUCGAAAGACUCUUUGGUGUCUUUGUAAGACCUCAUCUGGAGUAUGGAAUGCCAGCAGCUUCACUGUGGAUGAGAAAGGAUAUCAACUUACUUGAACAGGUGCAACGCAGAGCGACAAAGAUGGUCGACGGUCUAAAGCAUAUUUCUUAUCAGUAGAGGCUGAAUUUGCUUGGCUUAUUCCCUCUCUCCUAUAGACAAAUAAACUGCAGUCUACUUUGGACGUUCCGGAUUGUCCGCGGCCAGGGUUGCUCAUUAAGAGUGGAGGACUUCUUUGAGUUUGCCCGUACAAACCAACUACGCGACCAUGCCUACAAAGUCAGGAAUGAGCGCACGCUGUUAGAUCGUCGAAGAUUUUCAUUCAACCAGCGGGUUGUCCGACCGUGGAACUCGCUUCCAAGCGAAAUGGUAACGGCUGACACAAUUUGUAUGUUUAAAAAAACUUGCUCGCCUAGUUUUAGACAGAAAUUGGCUUCUACAACAUGACUACGCACAGCCAGCUUUGUAAAAAAAACUGUCGUAUACAGUCCCUCCGCACUAAUCUACAGUGACCUUAUGCACUACCUUAUGAUUACGAUUGAACUGUGACCCGAUCACAUUGUAAAUGCCUGCGAUUCCAUUUUCGAGUACGAAUCUGCGAAAGCACUGUACAUAAAUAGGGUCAUCAAGGGCUCUGCCUCUAACCCUCCAAAUAUAUACAUAUACACCCCCUAAUGUGGCCUUUAUGACAUUCCAACCAAAGCGACAUCCGAGAUUUCCUUAAAUAUAGUCUGGUGCAUGUGUGGUCGGAGCCAGGUCACGCCCGUCACGCGAACACAGAAUAUUAAACUUGAAUAAAUCUACACGCAGUCGUGCCCGCGCCCUCCUCACGGGGCGGCGAUGGGGGCAGUUCCUCUAUGUCGUCGAACUAUCGCAGGCAAGGCAAGGAACGGUAUUGGCCCUACUCCGGGCGUCUGUUGCAACGCUGCGUCCACCGCGAGUACCUGCAAGUGCGCACAGUCUAGUUCUCGGCCAGUCAGAGCUGUCCAAACCAGUCAAUCAACCUCAAGGCCGACUAAGACGUGCCCUCGCUUAAGGGGCUGUGACUCAUUCCCCUCUGACGCUCUGGACGCCGCUCUCACGGCGCUGGACGUGUUCUCGUCUAGCUGUCAACUUAUUUUAAUCAGUUUCCCAGUUUAUUGUGCAAAAAAAUGUACCCUCUCAGCUGACAUCCAGCACCUUCUUCUUCUGUUCGAGUCAAGGUCUCACGCGCGACUCGGACUUCUGUGAUACACACACCAAACGGGUUUCACCAACCCGCACUGUUCCAGGACCAGGUUCUGUAGCAGCGGAUCCAGGCUAAGUAACACGUGCAAAAAUUCAAAAGCAUUAAAAAUGGCAGUUAGGAUAAGCUCUCGGGACACGCAUUUGCUCUAGUACCCGGACCAUCUCGAACGGCAAGCAUAAGUCCUCGCCAUUAGAGCACCGGUAGCGUCUUGAGGAUGGUAUACACGAUAAUAGUCUCACAGAUAACGCUGAUCGGCGUCCAGUAAUUAAUGAAGUGACCCCAACCGCCAGUUACAGUUAUGGGGCCCACGCGUGUGCCAGAACUCUACCUUGAUUUUAGCCAGGUGCGCGGGCUUGAGGAUGAGAAGCUCAGAGGAUAUUGGAUGACAGGUAGUCAAGUGCGAUGAAGUGCGUAGUGGGGAAUGUGUCAACACUGGACUGAGGAGGCAUAAGUCCGGCGAAGUUGGUGAUUUUGUAGUCGGCUGCAAGUUCGGAAAUGAUGAUGACGUUUCAGCCAGGAAUGGCAUAAGAGACGUCAAUUACGACAAGGGCACACCUGAGGAGAGGCUGGAGCCUGACGUCCACUGAGAGGGAGCAGGAUCCAAACGUGACGAAUAUGGAGAAGUACAGUGGCUGUAGGAAAAGGACCGAGUUGUGUCAGCGACGGUCUUUCCGUGCAGGACGGAAAACAGUAAGCUGCUCAUCAGGGCAGACCGGGGAACGUCUGCUAGCCUCUCUGUCACGAGUGUAAAUACGUCGGUCGGCUCGAGGGUUAUCAGAGGCUUGCCGUGGUAACUUUCUGGCCGGUCCGUUUCCAGAUUUACCCUGAAUUCAGCUAUUGUCACAGGCGAAAAUCGGCGACGGGCCUUGGUCACAAAGCUUUUGUGGCACUAACAAUAGAGACUGUGCUAGGGCGGAAGGGGAAGGGAAACCUAUGCGAACAGACGGCCUGGGUUACCUCGUGGAUAAUGGAUGUGUGAAAAACAGCCAAAAAUAUGAUCGACAGCGGUCUCUGUGGCAGUGACAAAAAAGCGUCUCAGGUGGCGGACGAAAUAGAACAUUCUACCACGACAUAUGAGACGUGCUUCUGCAGGACUGAACGACUCCCGCAUCCAGCAAUGUGUGUAACGAGUAGCAACAGUCUGCACUGUUUUUUUAGAAUACAGAAUUUCGGCACAAGUGGUAGCAGCUGGUGGAAGUCUGUUCAGGUUGCCCAAACUAGAUAUCCACACUGUAGACGGAAUGCCUUAGGUGCAUACCUUCCACUGAUGUUGUGUUGGGUGCACGAAGUUUGGAAAAAAACAUGUAAAACUGCCUAUAUCGGAUAUAUUCCAGCAACACUGAGCGCUCAGAUUGUUGGCUGUCAUAAGUACCUUCCCGCGUAGCUGUCCGCUCUCACGGUCGUCAGCGCCGCCGAUUAUCCACGUCACCUCCGGUCAGCCGGACACUCGCGACUCAACCUCUGGCUUGCAACACAGUGGCGUCGAUCAAUAUUUCUCUCUUCACUGAUUGGCCGCGGUCGGACGAAGUUCGGGCGCGUGCGCUUCGGCUGGUAAUCGCCCGGUGAGGACGCUAUCUGCAAAUGUUUGUGCUGAUGUCUGUACUUUAUCCGCCUCAAUAAUUACUUGUUCAUCUAACCGUUUUUCCUGCCUUCUGAUUUUAGAACUUUCUGGUCGCCAACUAUCCAAAUGAGGCGAGUGGAGGCCACUUCUGAACACCGGUUUCUUUUCCUUCCCAAUCUGCGUAAUAGUUGGACUUUUACAAAGGGCAAAUUUCCACCAGAAGUACAGCCUAUUUUGAACCCCGCCCCCUGACAUUCUUUCGGCCUACCAACUCACCCAGAUGACUUACCGCCUGAGGGAGAUGCCCGAUUCUGUUAAGCUAUCUCCUUUUGAGCGUUUACCCCCCUCAGACUCUCUUCUAUCUGCUGUCUGGAAUUCAAGGUCACAGAUGGCGACUCUCGCACAAGAUUUAGCCUCUCUUCGACAACAUCCCCUUUAUUGCCGACCGCAUCAAGGCCAUGCCCCCGGCAAGCCCAGCACACUUAUUCAUCUCGCUCCAGCAUAGGUACCACUUGCUUGCAUCAGACUACAUUGUGUGAACAAGCUCGUCGCUCCAAAUCUCACUGCUCCUUUAUCUCAAAGCAGAGCCCGUGGAUAAAAGAGGUCAGCCCGAAGAUCAGUGAAGCCAAUCUCCCUGGCUCUGGUUGUACCUUCUAAAUCAGCGACAAUCUGACCCGCAGAUAUUUCCUUGAAGACGUCGGAGUCCAUAUCAGUGUGGUCCCUUUCACUCUAGCUGACCGUCGCCAACCGGCUCCCUAUAUUUGGCAGCCUGUCUCUCACCCUGAACAUCAGUCCUCGUCGUUCAUUCUCCUGGAUCUUUAUGAUCGACGUAGUUCUCUAUGGAAUCCUCAGCUCUAGUUAAGUUUGAUCUCCAAGCGGACUGGCCCCGUCCUCGGCUGCUUGAUCGCACGACUGGUCGACGUGCUCGUGGAUUGGCUCCCCUUAUAACCUGCAACUUAUCUGUCCUUUAUGCAUACAUAGUUUUUGCUUACCUCGGGCUCCACCCUCAACAUCCGAACAUCACCACCUACCAGUUCCGCAGUUACGAGUUCCAACAGGACGUUGUGCGUCAUCUUUACAUCUCAGGCCCUCCUUUGUUCGCUCGGCCUUGACGACUAGCACUGACCCACCUGGAGGUCGCGAAGGCGGAGUCUGAACACAUGUUGCAAGCGGGCAUCAUUUGACCGUCCUAGGGCCCCCGGGCGUCUUCUCAGCCCAUAGCGUCCAAGGCGACAUCAUGAGACUGGAGACCCUGUGAUGGCUAUCGUGCCCUAAACAACGUCACCAUUCACAACAACUAUCCAGUAUCUCAUCUUCAGGAGUCCGUAAAACGAUUUUCUGAAAGAUCGACUUUAUGCACACCUUCCAGUAAAUAUCUGCCGCCACAGGAGAUAUCCCCAAAAUUGCCGUCACUACUCUAUCUGACACCUUUGAAUUCAUCCGCAUGCUCGACAGCCUUCGUAAUGUCGACCUGACAUUCCCGAGGUUCAUCGACAGGACUAUAGUUCACAAUUCGUCGCCGACAUCCGCCACACUGAUGUUUACGCAGAAUGAGGUGGCUGAUGUGCCGUUCAGACCUUACCUUACCGCAGUCCAGCCCUCACAUGGGAUCGACCUUACCGCCAUGGCGGGUGUGCAAGGGCGAGCCGGUUGUCCUGACGAUGAGUCUUUUAGUAGUCUCCAGCUUGAAGACACUCCCUUAACCAGUGGUAAUAGCACAGUCAUUUGGAGCGUCUCGAGGCCUUCCCAUUAGCCAUCCGUGCCUGCCCCGAUGUGUCGGGCUGUGCUUCAAUUUCUUCAUGGACUCGCCCACCCUGGGAUACAAACUUCACAAAAGCUCCUGGCCUGGUAUAAAUAAGGAUGUCAGGAUCUUGGGCACGGUCGUGUCUGACCUGCCAGAUGCACAAGGCACAGUGUUACAGUAGUGUUUGGAGUGCCUACAAUCCCAAAAACAAGAGCCAGCCAAUCACUGGAGGCCACGUACGUUUUCUAUACAGCGCUGUCACCUUAAUCGUGGCGCCUCUCCAUUGGCUUUCCCCCUCGGGCCUGAUCGAUCCGCGUAUUCGAAUUAUCGAUCAGCUCGUCUGGAAUGUUCUUCCCGAAGGGCAUUGGGCCGAAUGCCGGCGAACCAUAGUAGGGCGUUAUAAAUAUGCGUUACUUCCAGUUAACCUUGACUUGGAAUUUCCUAAUAUAUAUUUUCGUGGUCGGUCGCGUUCUCCUUCUCUGCCGCGUUGGUAUUGAGAACAAGAGUAGGGUACGCAUACGCUCCCACGUGCUUUCAAGUACCAGGCCGGGUCAUAACAAAUAGGCCUCCACCGCGCACCUUCCUUGGCCCCGACGCAGGGUUCAACCAUGUUCCGCAGAUGUCGCGGCCCCCUUGUCCACAUCCAACGCUUACGCUCACCUAUUUACCCGUGUCGAUUAGUACACCCGCUGGGCUGAAUCAACCCCUCUGUCGAAUGUAGAGGAGGAUACCACUGCCAAAGCUUUCGUCAGUUGCUAGGUCGUCAUUCUCAAUUCCCUAUCGACGGUUAUGACUGGUCAAGGUGUCCAGCUUGAGUUUGUCCUCAUCCAAGCUCUCCACAUCUUAUCUAGCUGCAGGCUCAUUCAGAAGAGAACCUACCACCCAGCAGCCAACGACAUGGUCGAGCGUUUCCACCACCAGUUAAAGACCGCACUGGACGCAUUAAAGAACCCAAGAAACUGGUCUGACAACUUGCUCUCCUUGCAAUUCUUGGCAUUCGCGCGACACUGAAGUCGGAUCUGGACUUCAGCGCAGCCAAAGAGGUUUUCGUUUCGAAAAGAUUAAUUAAAUAGGGUUGUAAAACUAAUCAUGCAGCAUAAUUCUAUAAUAAUUCAGUUAAACCGAGAUGUCGGCUUUUGAACGAAGUUCUUUUCGGCCGCAUAAAGAAACUACACUCCGUAAACAAUGACUACUUAAGUAGCAUGUAUUUUUUGCAUUGAUUUUCGUUGUCCUUAAAAAUUCAACUAUAUUUCAUGUAAAGCAUGCAUAAAAAUAUUCAUUCUUUUGCUCAUUCGGUAGACAAUUACGUCUUCUUCCAAGCUUAUACUCGAAGGAAGGGUAUUAUUCGGUUUUUAAAAACUUUUGCAAUUCCCGAAUAAUUUUAAACCCGACCUGCCGUUACACUUGCAUUCACGGUUUCCAAACUACAAGCCCUAUAUUUUCCGCGUAAGGAAAACUAUAUAUUUCCCUACGGUAUUAAGAAUAUAAUAUAUUCGGUUCAUGAAAUUUGGCAGUGAAUUUGAUCCAUAUUGUUAAUUUUACAAGCCACAUUGGUAAAUGCAGAGACAUGACGUUUUAUGAAUGGCCAUUUCACGAUAUAAAAAAUCUCACAAUUGGAAACUUUUUUAAAACCAAAUUAUACCCUUUCUUCGAGUAUAAAAUUGGAAUAAGACGUAAAUGUCUACCGGAUAAGCAAAAGAAUGAGUAUUUUUAUGCAUGUUUUCUGCAAAAUAUAUCUGAAUUCUUAGGUGCAUCGAAAGUCAACGAGAAAAAUUCAUGCUACUUAAGUAAUCGUUUGUUACGGAAUGUAGUUUUCGUAUGCGGCCGGAAAGAAGUUCCUUCGAAAGCCGGCAUCCUAAGGUAACUGAAUUAUUUUAGAAUUAUUCUGCCUGUUGAAUAGUUUUACAACCCUACUUAAUUAAUCUUUUCGAAACGGAAACGCAUUUCGGAAUUCCGGUUGACAUUUCAUGAGUUAGCCCACCUACUGUAUGCGUUCUCUGUCCCCGGACCCACCGCGAAUGUCAUCAACUGAGUUUUAUGUCGAGAAAACCCUGGCCUACUGCACUCAUGUGUUUAGUGUAACCGUGUGCGUGAGCCGCCGGAACCACCAUACGAAGAACCGUCUCCAGUGCUCUAAUGCAAUAUGAAGACCUGCCGGAUCCUUCGCAGUGAGGAGGAGGUUUGAUUGAGUCAAAUCUGCCCACACGAGCGAAUAUGCGAGUUUCAGGGACUAGUUGAUAAGAAGUGGAAGCGAUCGCUGGAACAAGACCGUUAUUCACCUGACGGUUCGCAUUCUCGCUCGAACCCAUCAUCAAACACAGAAACAGACACGGGCGACCCAUGCACAGGAAGUUGCAGUAUUUAUAGGAUGCAGCCGCUAUGCUACUGAAUACCUAUGGUAAUUAACCGCUCUCCCCUUCACCGAGGAUUGUUGGCCGCUGGUGCGCUAAUGGCUUGAUGGUCGGCAUGCAAGUUAUUAACUGCUGAAAUCUCAUCACCCGUGUUGGAUGCUGGCGUGAUGAUUGCCAGACCAUCUGGUUCGAGAGACGGCCUUGGCCCGGUUCGAUGGCCUCCCCAAGGUGCACAAGGAGGGCGCUGCUCUACGGCCCAUCGUGUCGCUCAAAGUCACUCAAACGUACGGACUGACAAAAUGGCUGUUCCAGCUUCUCAAAUUUCUGACCGCUGAUUCAGACACCACCGUCUGUUCGUCAACACAAUUCCUGGCGAAGCUUAAAGGAGUAAGUCUCUUGCCAAAUGAGGUCAUGGUAUCUUUUGAUGUCACGUCCCUCUUUACUUCUAUCCCUCAGGAUCUGGCAAUCGAGACCGUCGAGCUACUCCUACGACGCAAAUACAAUGAAACGGACAAUCGUCUCGGACAUGCCCAAGUCCUUCAGCUCCUACAGUUCUGUCUCAGGACGUACUUCUUGUUCGACGGGACAAUCUACGAACAGGGUGGAGGAAAUAACAAGUGGGUUCGCCAAUUUCGGGACUCAUAG